AUGGACAUCGAUGAAAUCAAGUGUCAACUUUGCCAGCAAGUUUACGAUGAGCAUGAGCAUAUUCCAAUACUCCUACCAGACUGUGGGCAUUCUUUUUGCCUCAGCUGCAUCCAUGACUACUUUUAGUUGCUCUAAGAAAAUGAAUAAGCUCAACAAUAGCAAUAGCUAAAUGAAUCUGAGUUGGUCAACUAAUAAGAUAAUAUCAGUAGAGAUAAGCUUCUAGAACAUAAACAAGUUAUAUUUAGAUGUCCCGAAGAUGAUGUUGAAUGCUCUAUCCAAAACCCUGAUUAACUCCCUAAAAAUUACGCCCUUUUAAAAAUUGUUAAGAAAACAAAGGAGUGCGAAUUACUCAAAAAUAAGAAAGUUGUCAAACUAGAAUUCAUGGCAGAGGAAUAAAAAUUUUAGACGAAGGAUAACCAAGAGGCUUGCCUGACGAAAUAUCUAACUAGGAGCUAAACUACUGUUAAAGAUUAAUAAAACAAUUAAAAGUUGGAUAUUUAGACCAAUUUAAACGUUAAUAGCAACCAUCAUCAUAACAAUAACAGCAUUACUGCUUACCAAUCACAUUCUCCAAUUUCUCAUUCCAAUGGUCUCGAUAAUUGUCCAUAGCAUAAGAGACCUAUGGAAUUGAUAUGUGUUGAUGAUAAAUAGAGAAUUUGUGCUCAAUGUGCAUUAUUCGGAAACCAUAGAGGUCAUGAUGUUAGAUAAGAAGAAGAUGUGACAAAGGAAAUAUCAUUGAAAGUUGAAGUACUUAUGGAGAUGUAUUAGGCUAUGGAAGAGUAAUGUGAUGAUCUUGGCAACCCUGAAAAUUAUGAUAAGCAGUAUAAUGUAUUCAAAGCUAAACAAAAUGAACUUAAGUAGAAGAUUCAGGAUUAGUUUAAGGAAUGGCGUAAGGCCUUAAGAGCUGUAGAGAUGUAGGUCAUUGACAGUUUAUACACAAAUUUUACUUCGAUCGAAGAUAAAUUUUAACACUCAUAUAAAAUCAAUAAGCUAAUGAUUGCAGAAGUCUAGCAAUGGAUGGAUCGAGCCAAGCUUCAGCUAGAUGAUUACUCUGUAAAGACUCAUUAGAACCCUCAUUACAUACCUUUCGAUAUGAUUGAUGGUAAAUAGCAAUCUAUUGCUGACGAGAUUUUAAAUAACGGUGAAUAAGUUCUUGAGAAAACUGAGAAAUAAAAGGGAUUCCCAUCCUUAAAUGGAAUGGAAUAAUACUAUAGCUAGAUCAAACUUUAGUUUGAUCCUAGUUUCGAGAAGAAGUUAAUAAACAUAGCAAAAGUGGUGUAAACUAGCCAAACUGAUAGCAGUGCAGAUAUUACAAGUGCUUCUUAAUCUUUUCUUCCUGCAUUUAGCUUCAACGACGAGGAAGAAGUCACAGAAAAUAUUAGUUAGCCAGUUAAUACAGAGAGUGGCUUGAAUCUGUCGAAUAUUUCUUUUAAUGAACUCUCAUCACCAAUUAACUAAUCUCGAUGUGUCUCUAAUAAGAAUCUCAUCGAGAAGCGUUAAAUUAUAGAAAGAUAAGAUGAGACUAUCCUGUCGAACACUAGUUCAACAGACCUUCAAAUGUCUGUUCAAUCUGUUAAUUAAUGUGAUAUCUCUACCAGAGAAUCAAUAAACCUGUCAGAUAUGCAUGUAAACGAAUUAGCCAAGUGUAUCAAGUGCAAUAGCGGCCAUAUCAAGUCUCUCAAUUUGUCCAAGAAUAGGAUAAGUGAUGAGGGUGUGAAUCACAUAAUAAAAGCGCUUUGUGAUAGUCAAAUCGAAUUUGUUAAUAUUCAAGCCAAUAAGCUGACAGAGAAAUGCGUGGAGACAAUGGUUGGAAUCUUGAAAACAAACAAGAACUUAAAAAUGCUUGAUCUCUAAAACAAUGGUAUUACAAGUAGACUUAUGAAAAAUAAAUUGAAGAAUUCUCUAACCUAGAUGGAGGUUAUUGUUUGA